AAGACGCAAACAGUCGCUGAUUUUCGCCGAAAUUCGUCACUCAUAUUCAAAGCAUAAAGUCAGAGAAAAAGAAGUUCAAAGCACUUUUCGGACUAGAUUACAAAAAGAAAACAAAACAGUGAUUUAACAACAUUUUCGCUUGGCAAGUAUAUUAAAAAAAUCUAAUUUGAAAUGGAAGGAGAUUCAAAUGAACAUAGUGCCUCGUCCGCGGUGGAGAUAUCACCAAAAGGGGUAAUAGAGGCUAGUGAUGGACUUGUAGAAUCAUCGUCGGCGGUAAGUGAAAGCGUGUCAGCGAAAAAGAUUGAUACGGUUAAUGCUCCAAAAGAAACGACUGAAAGCGAGGCGGUAACGGAGGAACAACCGCCAACAAAGCGCCCCAAAUCUGAUUUAGACGAAGAAAGUGGUUUGGGGAAUGUCUCCACCACUUCUAUAGCAGGAACUGUAUCAGAUAGAGUUGCGUUAAAGCCGAAAGAUUUUACUUUGGAUACAGAAGUUUUGAAUAAUGCACAACCGCGCAAAUUCCAACGCAUCCCUAUUUUUAUUGCGGACUAUCACAAUGAUGUGUUAGAAUUUAUAUAUCGUUGUUUGGCCACUCGACACCUGCCGUUGGAGAAUAAUAUACUAAUACAUUUUGAUUCGCAUCCUGAUAUGGUUAUAUCACGAGAAAUUCCAGCUAGUGCUUCUUAUGACAAGGAAACCAUGUUGGCAGAGCUUAGCAUUGAAAAUUGGAUUAUGCCGGCUUGCUAUGCAGGUCACUUCAAUAGAGUUAUUUGGUUGAAAAAUUCUUGGUGUCAACAAAUUCCUAUAGGUAAAUACAGCUUUAAGAUUGGCCAUAAGAAUGAUAAAAUUAGUGUAGAUUGCCCGCUUGAUUAUUUUAUAUCUGAGGGUAACUACUGUGAUACAAAAGAGUUGCUGGAUACGCGCAAUAUGGAACUGCAAGUAAUUAAUGUAGAUACUUCGAGUAGCAGUGCACCAAUUGACACCGCACAGUUCAUUAAAGAGGCAGAUGGACCAAAUUUUGUAUUAGACAUUGAUUUGGAUUUCUUCAGUACUUCCAAUCCAUUUUUAGAAAUUUAUAAAGAUGCAAAUUGUUAUGAACAACUCACAGAUAUUUUCCACUUUGAACCAGAAGUCAAAGACUGUGGUGGCACAACUGAGCGACGCAAAUUGCAAUUGGAAGCACUAAAAAAGAUAUUUGAACAUUUGGAAGAAACAAGAACGUUGGAUGGUCUAACACCGGCCCCUGAUCCGAACAUUAUUGCGCCAGAGACUUAUGCUCGCAUUGAGAAUCUAGCAAAAUCACUACAGAAACAUUAUGCAGACGAUGAAAUAGACUGGCUGCUAAUAUAUGAUUCAGGUAGUACAACCGAUACAAAUGGAUUACCACACCACAUUAGCACAUCCAAAGAAUUGGAACAAUAUAUCGGACAAUUUAAAUGUUUAUUACAAAAUUUACCCACUCCGCCGGUGCUCAUAACAAUGGCUUGCUCUGCCGAAGAUGAUUACUGUCCCAAACAUCAAGUGGGAGUUAUUCAAGAAAGAGUAUUGGAAGUGUUGCGAGAAGUCUUUGGGGAUCGUUUGCAUGAUAAACCUAUACUUCAUUAUUUGGACGAAGAAUGGGAUGUAAUGCAGUUGUAAUCCGUUAAUUUGGGAUUCGAUGGCUGUGCUAAAGUGUGCGUACACUUUAAGGAAUCGGCACUAUUCAUGGCUGCUGAGUUCGUAUAGUUCCACCAUUGCAAAUUAACAUAUGAAACACUACUCUAAGUAAAUGUGCAUACGUAGUUAAAUAUGUUUAAUGGCUAGGCUUGUCCCAUACGCCAUUUGAACAAACUAUGAAAACUUAUUACAGUGUACGCACUGUGCACAAUUUAUACGUAGUUGUAAGAAAUGAUGUAGUAAUUAUAGUAUAUUAUUUUUUAUUUAAAAGUCAGACAUAUGUACUAAUAAAUAUUUAAAAAAUUAUUAAUAUAAAUGAUAUCAGAACUAUUAACUAAGUAAAUAUAAAUGUAUGCUAUCAAACUCGAAGAAAUUAAUUAAGUAUCAAACAACGCACGAUUCAAUAAAGGAGCUUUUAUAGCUCAUUUUAUCGAAGAAUA